AAUCAUUCCCGGUAUUCCAAAUUAUACGGUUACUGUAUAUUGAAUAGACAAAAUGGCUAGUGUCCAGCUUCCAGAGCCCUUUGCCAGCAUCCCUAGAGAGUCAUUUCUCUUUGGUCCUUCACCUAUUCAACACCUCCCCAAGAUCACAAAAGCCCUUGGCGGAAAAGUUGGCAUCUACGCGAAGCGAGAAGAUUGCAAUUCGGGCUUGGCCUUUGGUGGUAACAAAACUAGGAAAUUAGAAUAUCUUGCCUCAGACGCAUUAGCACAAGGGUGCGAUACUCUAGUCAGCAUUGGCGGAUUCCAAUCCAACCACACCCGACAAGUCGCAGCUGUAGCCACCCAGCUAGGAAUGAAGGUAGCCCUCGUACAGGAGAAAUGGGUCAAUUGGGAGGAUCCCGUAUACGACAAGGCCGGGAAUAUCCAACUCUCUCGCCUAAUGGGCGCAGACGUCCGACUCGAUCCCUCCCCCUUCGGAAUCGAGCAUAAGGGGACCCUUCAAAAUCUCAAACAAGAGAUUAUCGACAAAGGCGGGAAACCAUAUUACAUCCCCGCUGGAGCAUCAGAUCAUCCAUUGGGAGGACUGGGAUUUGCGCGUUGGGCGUUCGAAGUAGAGCAACAGGAAACAGAGAUGGGCAUCUUUUUUGAUACUGUCAUUGUAUGUGCCGUCACUGGAUCAACCAUGGCAGGGAUGGUAGCAGGGUUCAAACUGGCGCAAAAGAAGAAUAACUCCAAACCCCGAAAAGUCAUUGGAAUCGAUGCCUCUGCAACAGUGAAGCAAACCUUUGACCAGAUCCUGCGCAUUGCUAAGGCAACUGGAGUCAAAAUUGGAUUGAGUGAGGACGAUAUCACAGAAGAGGAUAUCAUUCUCGAUGAUAGAUACCAUGCGGGUGUUUACGGUAUUCCGGAUCAGCAGACAAUCGAUGCUAUCAAGUUUGGUGCUUCGACGGAGGCUUUUAUUACUGAUCCUGUUUAUGAGGGUAAGAGCCUUGCGGGUAUGAUGGAUAUAGUGCGGAAAGAGGAAGUUGCUGCUGGUAGCAAUAUUCUCUACGCGCAUUUGGGGGGACAGCUUGCUCUGAAUGCGUAUACGGGGAUGUAA